AUGGCCGCUUUUAGUCGACCAAAUCCAAUGUCGACUUUAACGGCGGAAGAUGAGCGAUAUCUCAAUCAACAGCUUAGUCCACAGACGCGUCCGAUGGAAAUGUUCCCUGGCACCAAGGGAACUGACCCUUUGCCCGUCAACUGGACCUACGACAGUGCCAUCGAUCUGUUUUCUGUCAAUCCAGCCGAUAUGGAUCCUGUUUCAUUCGACUUUUCCGAAAUGACCAAUGCCGACACCAAGGAUCUGUUCAUGGAUCCCUUCGGAACCCCGACCGCGAUCAACGGUUUCACGAUGCCAGCCGGCGAUGAAGCCAUCUCCCCUUCUUCGGAGCUUGACAGUGACGAUCAAUCUUGGUCAACUGGGGCUCGUCAAUCGAUCGAUCUCGCCCUGCCCGAGCCAUCCGUCAACCCUAGCAAGCCCGUCACUCGGAAUGCUUCACAGACUUCAUCAUCGAGGUGGUCCUCGAGCCCAGAUAUCAAGACUGAAGAAUACAGCGCCCCUCGCACUCAGAAGCAGCCAACAGCAACAACAUCUAGCGGUCGGAAGACUCGCAGUCUUUCCCAAGACUCUAAUCACUCAACCAAUCAAGACCCUCAGACACGCAAUGCUGCCAAGCGCGCUGCUCACAACAUCAUUGAGAAGCGCUACCGCACAAACAUGAAUGCCAAGUUCCUCUCGCUGGAAAAGGCCAUAUCUCCAGCUGGAGUGCAUAAGCAGACCUCACGAGCCGGAGCUGGUUCUCUCAAGAAAUCCGAGAUUCUCACCAACGCACUCACUUAUAUCGACAACGUUCAGCAGGAGAAUCAAGCCUUGCAUAAGGAGCUAGCACUUCUGAAACAGAAUCUGCUCCCGGGCGGAAUAUGGCGCCAUUCAAAACAGCCUCGCGUGUGA